ACACGUCAACCGAUCACUCCCCAAGCUUGGUCCAUUUGUUCUGGAUGUGUGAUAAAUAUUCCAGUUCGGCUAGCGGUUGUAUAAGUCGGACUCGGUGAAAGAAGAGCUUGGAGCGGGCUGCCGGCGCAGCGCAGUUGGAAAUGAAGCACGCAACGGUUCUGUGCUUGCUCGUCAUUGUAGCAGAGACGCUCGCUGGUCGGGAUUUUUACCAAAUCUUGGGCGUGGAGAGAGGAGCAACUACGAAGCAAAUCAAGAAAGCGUAUCGCAAGCUAGCUAUGCAGUACCAUCCUGACAAGAACCCUGGUAAUCCGGAAGCCGAGGAGAAGUUCAAGGAUCUUGGCGCGGCGUAUGAGGUGCUGUCGGACGAGGAACAGCGGAAGAUAUACGAUGACCACGGCGAGGAUGGUCUGAAGGAGCGUGGUAGAGGCGGACAGAAUCCUGGCGAUGUUUUCUCAUCGUUCUUUGGCGGCUUCGGCGGCGGAGGUGGCUUCCAGUUCAACUUCGGCGGUGGUCAGAACGACGGCAAGCCCGAAACGCCACGUGGCGCGGACGUGAUUGUGGAUCUGGAGGCCACGCUGGAGGAGAUGUACGAGGGAGAGUUUGUGGAGAUGACGCGCUCCAAGCCGGUGCCGAAGAAGGCGUCGGGCACGCGCCAGUGCAACUGCCGCACGGAGAUGCGCACGCAGCAGCUCGGCCCCGGCCAGUUCCAGAUGUUCCAGGAGCAGGUGUGCGACAAGUGUCCCAACGUCAAGAUGGUCAACGAGGAGAAAAAGCUGGAAGUGGAGAUUGAGCCCGGCGUGCACGACGGGCACGAAUACAGGUUUGUUGCCGAGGGCGAGCCGCACAUUGAUGGCGACCCGGGAGACCUCAUCUUCCGUGUCCGUGAGCUGAAACACAAAGUGUUUGAGCGACGCGACGACGAUCUGUACACCAACGUUACCAUCAGCCUCCAGGAGGCCCUGAACGGCUUCUCGUUCGAUAUCAGCCACCUGGACAAGCACAAGGUGCACCUGGAGAGAACGGCGGUGACGCGCCACGGCCUGCGGAUACGCAAGAAGGGAGAGGGCAUGCCUAACCUGGACAACAACCGCGUCGUCGGCGCGCUAUUCGUCACGUUCGACGUCAAGUUCCCGGAGACGACGCUGACGGACGAACAGCGACAGGUCAUCGCCUCUGUCCUGGAGCAGGCACCGGUCCAGCGCGUGUACAAUGGACUGCAGGUUUAGCACCGCGGCCCAAUGAUCGCGCCGUGCGUGCGUGCACAUGACAAUUCCCAGUUUCUGGGUUGGAAUGCCAUCAUAAAGAAUCGUGCCUUGCACCAACGCCAUUAUAACAGACGUCUCCGUUCACGAAUCUGGUGCUUUGACACUAUCAGCUGGUCUAACCCUGCUUGGUUUACGCUGGUAUCGUGCCGUGUGAUGAAUGUGCCCUUGUUUGGGGUGUGAGGCAUGCCCCAACACAAUGGCAAAGGCUUGACAGAUAUACCCUCCCCUUGAAAGCGCCUCAGUGAUUGCAUUAUGCAAAGACUGAUCUUGGGUGCAUCAUAGGCACUACUCUGUACAUAGUGCACAUAGUUGUUAUAUUGUGGUGGUUGUCCUCGGGCUGCGUGGCUGCUGGUAACGUGUAUAUUAUUAUACCUACUGCUAAACCUCCUUCUUCUAAAGGACCGGUUCUUUUGUGCAAAUUUUAUCCAAGCUCAGAGAAAGAAUGCCCUUUCCGAGCCUUCGAAUACAGCUGUGGUACAAUUGUAUAGUUUUGCUUGCCCAAAACUCAAAUUCGAAUAUCCCAACUUCUAAAGCUACCAACUUUUAGUGCUGCUGUUAAAAGCCAUCAAUGCAAUCAUUGAUAUUUUCCUUUUGCAUGUGGAUUCUCUCGCUGAUUUUCUCUGCUAUUUAUAAUUAUGACACCCGGCCGAUUCUCAGACAGGCAUACCCA